AUGAGUUCCCUGUCCAGUCUGUCGCUGGCUGGGCCUGGAGCACCGGAAAACUCCAACAGGCGUAGACUACUCCUCGUGUACAUCCAUGGUUUCAUGGGCUCAGAAGCCAGUUUCCAAGACCUCCCAGCGCACAUCCAUGAUUUGUUGGCCGGUUUGUUGAGCGAAUCUCACGUGGUCUACACCCGCAUAUAUCCGCGGUAUAAAUCUCAUGGCGAAAUCCAAACCGCGGUGGCCCAGUUCAGCGCCUGGCUGUCACCCCAUGAGGCAGAUGAUUUGGAUGUCAUCCUACUGGGGCACAGUCUCGGUGGGAUUCUAGCCGCAGACGUUGCGCUUCUGCAAAAGCAUCGGAUUCUGGGGCUGGUGAACUUCGACGUUCCCCUUCUGGGGAUCCACCCCCGCGUCAUUCCAACCGGCGCUAGUGGCUCAAUCCCCAAGAAAGGCCCAGCAUUUGACGAUAAACUCGCAGGCGAGGAAGAAUGCCUGGACUUCAAACCGCCAGCUAACCCAGUCCCAUUCAACCCUAACUUUGACCCUCCGUUCCGGAACGACGUGCGCCUGGUGGAGCGUGGGUUCCUGAAGGGUAUGAUGCAUUUUGUCAACAAGAACACCGACAAUCUAUCGCGUUCUAUUGUUGACCGUCUUGUGUCACCGCUGAGAUUUGCCAACUGCGUCAACAACUACUCCGAGCUUCGUCGGCGAUACCGGCAGUUACGAGAGCUGGAGGCUGCGGAAUACAGCCCUCGGAGAGUUCGAUUCGUCAACUACUACACUGCGAGCACUGGUCGCAUCUCACAUAAGACCAAAAAGAGACCAGCAACGGAACCCGAAGGCCUUGACCAGACUAGAGAGUUGACGACAACCCCGCCCCAAGUUGGGACCCCGAGUGUUCCCAGUGACGUUGAAACUGCUACCUCUACGAUUAGCAACCUGAAACUCGAAGAGCACAAUUUGAAGGCAGUGCCCCAUUCUCCCCUGGCUUCCGAAGACGGCAGCUGUAGAAGAGACUCUUCGACCGUCGAUCUCACUAGUAUUGCAUCAUCUACCUCGGCCGAUCAGAAGAGCAGCCAGACCCUUUCGGAGAGCGUGUCCCUCUCGACGUCAGCCUCUUCCCCCAGCUCGGAUCUCUCGAGACAGAAACUCCGGAAGUUUAUCCUCUUGCCUUCUCAUCACUGGAGGCAUGACGACAACGCCCAUUGGACGCCAGUGCUUAUGGAGGACAUGGACGAAGUGUUGGCGCAUCAGUCCAUGUUUAUCCCGCGGGGCGCAAACUACGACUAUCUCGUUGGGGAUAGCGUGGGUUUGAUCGAGCAAUGGGUGCAAAGCGACUUGAGCCGACGGGCGCUCGAGGAAAGUCUUGACUAG